AUGCGGCACAGAGCCUUCCUUGCCAUCUCAGCUGUGGCCCUCAUGCUUUUCAUGGCUGUGAGUGCCGUUGCUAUUGAUGCCACUGUUGCCAUCACCAACAACGGCAACUUCGAGCACGGCAACAACAACAACCUCAAGCAAUCCGUUGCUCCUGCCCAUAUCAACACCCAGCGUGCCUAUGACUACACCGACAAGUCCACCUCUUCCAUCAAGUCCGCCCCUGCUGUCAACUUGGGCAAGGUUCCUUCCCAGCUUACUCUCGGUCCCCACCUCGCUCCUGCCACCUUCCACCAUGAGAACCCUUUCAACAUCACUGAGGAGGAGGCCAUCAAGCGCGGCAUCAAGCUGAUCCCCAUCGACCCUGAGCACUGGAACGCCCUCCUGACCGCCUCCAACCUCAACAACGCCACCAGCAGCCCCGACAUCUCCGAACUUCGCCGCCGCGAGGUCGAUCCUCCCGACCCGACCGACUGGUGUACUCCGAACAAAGACCCCAGCCAGUGCAUGUUCGGCGCCUGGUGCCACGAGAUGAGCAACAGAGAUGUCCCCAACCGCGCCUGGGUCUUCUACAACGAUUGCGAGCUCACCGGCGACCUCCACCCUUGGACUUGGGGCGUGUGGCACGACAUCUUCUCCGGCCUUCGCUGGGUCACCGUCUUCUUCAUCAACCAGAUGCGCUACCCGACGCUCAAGUACGCCGGCCGCGAGUGGGGCAGCUGGGACGACGGUUGGGAGCUCUACUACCCUUACGGAACGAUGGGAAUGUACUACUACCGUCGCUACUUUGACUGCUCGGGUUGA